GCCGGGGCGGGCGCGCGGCGGCCCGGGGAAAGCCCCCGGGAGCGCAGUGGGCGCCGCAGCCCGGCGCGCCCCGCACUUCCCCUCGGGCGCUGCGCGGCGGAUGGAGCGGCGCGCGCAGGCGCCUAGGAUCUCCUGAUGGGGCGGCUGUGCGCCGGCGUCCCCUUCCCCGUGGGCUGCCUGGUGCUCGUGUGGACAGCAGGUGCAGGGUGCAUGGAGAUUCUGGGCGAGCCCACCUGCAUCUCCGACUACCUCAACACCUCCACUUGCCACUGGUGGAUGGACCGUGCCACCAACUGCAGCGCCGAGCUCCGCCUGUCUUCCUGGCAGGACUUCCCCGAGCCUGAGAACUACACGUGUAUUCCCGAGAACCGAGCCGACGCUGAGUGCGUGUGCAACCUGCAGAUGGACGACAUUGUGGCCAGCGAGACCUACCAGCUGGACCUGUGGGCCGGGAGCCGGCUGCUGUGGAAUGGGUCCUUCGUCCCCUGCCAGCAUGUGAAGCCCAGGGCGCCCGGCCACCUCCGAAUCCGCGCCAACGUCUCCAACACGUGGCUGCUGACGUGGAGCAACCCGUAUCAGCCGGAACACAACCUGUACUCGGAGCUCACCUACCUGGUCAACAUCACCAACGAGGAUGACCCUGCCGACUUCAAGGUCUACAACGUGACCUACAGGGACACGGCCCUGCGCUUCUCAGCCAGCACCCUGAGACCUGGGGCCUCCUACAGCGCCCGGGUGAGGGCCCGCGCCCCUGACUACGGCAGCGCCUGGAGUGACUGGAGCCACCCCGUUUCCUGGAAGAACAACCACCAGCCCCCCUGGGAGCAGCGCCUCCAGCUGGGCGUCACCGUCUCCUGCACCAUCAUCCUGUUCGUCUGCGUAUCCUGCUACUUCAGCAUCACCAAGAUUAAGAAGGAGUGGUGGGACCAGAUCCCCAGCCCGGCCCACAGCCCCCUGAUGUCCAUCAUGACCCAGGAGCCCCAGGGGCCUGUGUGGGGGAAGCCGUGCCCACGCCAGGAGGCCACCACGCACCCACACUGGAAGACCUGCCUCACCAAGCUCCUGCCCUGCUUCCUGGAGCACAGCCAGGAAGGGGACGGGGCAGCCACCAAGGUGGGCAGCACCGGACUGGGGCACGGCCCCUGUGUGUCCACGUGGCAGCCGCUGGAGGCCAGCAGGACGGUGCUGUGGCCCGAGCGCAUCAGCGUGGUGCAGUGCGUGGAGCUGGCCCGAGCAGAGAAGCAGGAGGAGCCGGAGGAGGAGGAGGAGGAAGAGGAGCAGGAGGAGAAAGGGAGCACCGCGGGCGCCGGCCUGGACGGCAGGAAGGACAUCGCCGACCGGCUGACGGAGAAGCUGUUCUUGGGCUUGUUCGGGCCUGACCCCGGGGUGCUGGCACCCCCGGAGGUGUCGUGCCCGGGCCAGGGCCAGCUUUUCAGCCCCGGGUCCGAGCCGCCGCCACCGGCGCCGGCGGGCCCAGCCUGCCCCCAGAGGCCCGCGGGCGGCUCUGACAACCCAGCAUACCGCAGUUUCCAGCAGUGCCUGCAGGACGGGGGGCAGCCCGGGGACCCCGGGGAUCCGCCACCCUCCUGCCCGCAGCCCCCCGAGCCUGAAACCGGGCCCCAGGGCCUGCAGCGCGCGCCCCCUGGCGGCUACCGGGGGUUCCUGCAGGCGGUGGCUCAGGGUGCCGCGGAGGAAGGCGCGGAGACCCCACCCACGGGGAUGGGACCCGCGGGGACCCCGGCCGGCUACCGGGCCUUCUCCAGCCUGCUCCCGUGCAAGCCCGCCGCGUCGCAGGACAGCGGCGGCGGCGGCGGGGUUUACAGGCCCUUCGAGAGCCUGGCACCCGGCACCUGUGUGGCCCCCGUCCCUCUGCUCACCUUUGGACUGGACCCCGGCCCACCCCACGGCCCUGGGCACUCGCCGCUGCCCGGAGGCGGCUCCCUGCAGCCAGGAAAGGGAGGACCCCCCGCAGAGCAGGACCCGGAGCCCCUCCGGGGCGAGCUGGGGGGUGCCGUGGUCUACUCAGCCCUCACCUGCCACCUGUGCGGGCACCUGAAGCAGUGUCACGGGCAGGAGGACCGGUCCAAGGCCCCCGUGGUGGCCAGCGGCCCCUGCUGCGGCUGCUGCUGUGGAGACAAGUCUUCCCCCCCGGGGAGCCCCCUGACUCCCGGGGCCCUCCCCGAGUCCAGCCUGUCUUUGACUGUCUCCGGAGAGGGAGGGUUCCCACCGCUCCCUGCAGCGCCCACAUGCCUGAGCACGUCUUAGGGGCUGAGGUCUGCAGGGGUGCCCGGGCCUGCCACCAGCCCCCAGCAGGGUGGCCUCUGGGUGGGCAUUGCCCGCGUCUUGGAAGGACCUUGUGUGGGCGACAGAUACGGAGCCCCGGGAGCCAGGCGCCCGCUCCCUGCCUGCUCACCACCGUCCCCGCAGAGGGGCAGGAGGCUCCCAGGCUUGAGGGGCUCGUGGACAGUCAGGCACUGCCCACGUCUUUGGCCCACUGCAUGGCCACCCGGGGUUUUCUCAGCUGCUGCCCACGGCGAGAUGUGAGCGUCUGAGCAUCUGCUGAGUGCGCUGCCGUCACCCCACGGCACGGCACAUGGAUGGAGCCGAGAGAACAGCCGUCAGAGAGAAGCCCGGAACCAGCAGCAAGUGUGGGUGCAGGCCAGGCGGCCGGAAGCUCCCCGCGGGCCCAGGCGUGGACUGGCGCUUCUUGUGGUGGACACAGGAAGGGUCAGCCAAGUGCAGUUAACUGAGAGGGAAGGAACGAUGUGAUUUUCUUUCUUUUUUUUUCUUUCUGGUUUGUUUUUUGACCCUGGCUUGCACUCAGGAACGAUCCCUGGCCCUGCUCAGGGGACCCUGUGGGGUCCCGGGGAUUGAAUCAGGGUCAGGCAAGCGCCCUCCCCGCUGUGCUAUCACCCCGGCACUGCAGUUGUGCUGUUCAAGCAGUGAUGGUUUGCUAGCAGGUGCUACCGUUAAGAGAGAAGCUACUUUCAAACUGGGGAUGCCCAGAAUCAAAUUGCCCAGCGACCAUAAGGUUGGACCGUGUCCCCGUAGACCCCACUGCUGGCAGCCAGAAGGGACAGAUGGAGCGGGGAGUCUCGUGCCCCCAGGCCUGCCGGACACCUUUACUGUACGUGCUCACUGCAGCCGCCGUCUGGAGCGCUGGUUUGCAUCCAAGGACUGGAUUUGCUAGGGCGGGGGCUGGCGGGGACAUAUGCAAAUCUGUGGCCUCCCCCCACCCGCCGAUUAAACAAACA